GUUUCUUAAACUCUCCACUUUUCCAAGGCUGUGUGCGCUCUUAGGGGAGCAGGAUAGAAGGAACCCAGGCAUUCGUGUUUAUCCACCCACAUCCCAGCCGAAACUGACUAGCGUCUGGGCUCCGACACCCGCACCCUGUGGCAGCACCCAGUUUUACCCCUCUCCCUCCUCCUCUAGCCACCUCUCCUGGGUUCCAUAGCGAGCACCCUGCUCAGCCCUAGGUCUGCUGCAGGGGCUGCCAGCGCCGCCUCACCAGCUGGCUGGGGACCAGGCGGGAGGUGGCUUGCCCCGGAGGCUGCAGGAGGGAGGAAGGAAGAGAAGGAAAAGAGAGGAGAAGAGAGGAGGGAGGGAAGCCGGUCCUCGGAGUAGCCGGCCCCCCCAACCCCGUCCCUCCCGCCGGAGCGGGGCAGUCAAACGCAAACACGCGCGCACGCACACUCGCGAAUACAUACACUCGGGCUCCCUCCGGCGCGCACGCACAGCGCCUCAGGCAGACCAGAGCGGAGGCUGCCUCUCCUGACUCCUGGACGCCAGAGUCUCGGGAUCCUCAGCGGCUGAUGAGCCUUUGCCUGCCGCUAUUCCUACUCUUCAGUUCCUCCAGGCCAGUGGGACCACUCCCGCUGCCACCACCUCGCCCGCCACCCGGGAAGGAGCUAGCUGGCCGACCAUCGCCGCGCAGUUCCCUCAUCGCCCUCAGGUAGCUCCGUUGUAGCUUCUGUCUUGGGCUUCGCCCUGUUCCUGAGCUUAGGAGGCUGAGUGAAACAAACUUCGCAGACCGGCUGACGCGCCACGGGCCCGCAUGCCCCGCACUCCCAGGUGGGCACAGGACAUUAGGACUUUGGGACAUUGGGCUGCCUUGCCCAUUGCACCUGCUAGAUAGACGCUCUCCCUGCUUGCAGGGGAUUCUAGAGACAUCUUCACUUAGCAAACUUUUGUUUCCUCACCCAAAGGGGUGAGGAAAGCUAGAGGGAGAAGUUGGUCUCCUCCGGGCAACCGCCAUCCUGGAGGCGAUUAGCUGGGCCCCGCUAACCGCGGAACGCAUCCAGAGAGAUGCCGAACCUCUCCCCGGGUCGCCUUCUGUACCGACUCCUGAUCCUGAUCCUGCCCCAGCCCGGUCCGCGGGCUCGAGAGGCCAGGUGCCGAGGACCACGCAGCCCGCGCGAAAUGAGCAUGGGCCAUCCAUACGCAUGACCAUCCGCACUGGGGCAAGUCGCUUGACCCAGGCCUGGCGUAGGGUGUCCCGCGUCCAGGAUCGCUGGCCUCCGCACCCUAGUGAUGCCAUGAGCAUGCCUACCCUCUUGCCUAUCCCAGUGGUGGUCACCACGCCCGCGGACCCCGUUGAAUUCGUGGAAUCGGCUGCACUGGGUGAGCCCGCUACGCCCGCAGAGUCCAUUGUGCCGGCGGAACCCACUACGCCUGCAGAAUCGGUUGUGCCCGCAGAACCCGCUACACCCGCAGAGCCGGUUGGGCACGUGGAACCCACUGCGCCCGCGGAACUUGCUGCUCCCACAGAGUCCGCCGAGCCUGCCGAACCCGGGGCAUCUGCUGAGCCCGGGGCGUCCGCUGUGCCCGCGGAACCUGCAAAAUACAGGGAGUCCACUGUGACCAUCGAGACCGAGGAGCCCCAGGCACGCGGGAACGCUCCUCAGCUUGAAGGUGUUGAAGUUCGGAACAGUGAGGACCCCCAAGAUGAUUCUAUCAUUUCCAGCAUCAGCUGCGGCAUCUGCUGUUACCACCGCUUACAACUUAGACUCCAUCGUAGAGGAGGCUUCGUCCGCGCGGCGCUGCAUUGGGAAGCGCGCCCUGGUUUGGCUCAUUUUCCUUUUGGCGGCUCCUUUUUCGCAGCCAUGAAGCGGCAGAACGUGCGUACCCUGUCCCUGAUCGCCUGUACCUUCACCUACCUGCUGGUGGGUGCUGCUGUGUUCGACGCCCUCGAGUCGGACCAUGAGAUGCGCGAGGAGGAGAAACUUAAGGCCGAAGAGGUCCGCAUCAGAGGCAAGUACAACAUCAGCUCCGAUGACUACCAGCAGCUGGAGCUGGUGAUUCUGCAGUCUGAACCCCACCGUGCUGGUGUCCAGUGGAAAUUCGCGGGUUCCUUCUACUUUGCCAUCACCGUCAUCACAACUAUAGGAUACGGACAUGCUGCACCUGGCACCGAUGCUGGCAAGGCCUUCUGUAUGUUCUAUGCUGUGUUGGGCAUCCCUCUGACGCUAGUCAUGUUCCAGAGUCUGGGUGAGCGCAUGAACACCUUCGUGCGCUGCCUGCUGAAGCGUAUCAAGAAGUGUUGUGGCAUGUGUAACACUGAUGUUUCCAUGGAAAACAUGGUGACCGUUGGAUUCUUCUCCUGCAUGGGCACCCUGUGCCUUGGGGCAGCUGCCUUCUCCCAGUGCGAGGACUGGAGCUUCUUCCAUGCCUACUACUACUGCUUCAUAACACUGACUACUAUAGGCUUCGGAGACUUUGUGGCCCUGCAGUCCAAAGGUGCCCUGCAGAGGAAGCCAUUCUACGUGGCCUUCAGCUUCAUGUAUAUCCUGGUGGGACUGACCGUCAUCGGUGCCUUCCUCAAUCUCGUGGUCCUGCGAUUCCUGACCAUGAAUACCGAUGAGGAGCUGCUGGAGAGUGAAGUUGCGCAGAUCAUUGCUGGAAACCCCAACAGCGUGAUCAUCCAUGUGCCAGACGUCCGCCAUAGGUACCAACCCCGGAACUUCCUGAAAAGAUACGGCAGAACCCUGUGCUAUCUUUGUUUCCCGCGUGGGGCUCUUGCCCAGGACGAUGGUGAUGACGACAUUCCUGAUGAUGUUGCUGUUGCCGCUGCCGCUGCAGCCGCUGCUGCCGGUGUGGGUAGCAGGCGCGUCCGGGCUACUGUCCACUCCAUUUCCUGCAGGGUUCAAGAGAUAUCCCCAAACACACUGAAGAACAGCUUUUUCCGGACCCCAUUCGGCCCCAUCCCUCAUGGGAUUCACACCUGCGGGGAGAACCACAGGCUGGCCCUCCGACGCAAGUCCAUCUAAGUGUGGGAGGGAAGUAGACAGAAGAGACAUUUGUCAUGCUGAUGUAAGUUCCAUUGGCCCAACUCCUCUUUCCCUCCUUGUUUGUUUACUAUUAUUCUCUCUCUUUUUGUGAUUACGGUCAUCAUCAUUCCUUUCUUCCGUGUCCUUUCCUGGUUUCAUUUCUUCCCCACCUUUCCAGCCAGAGCUGUCCAAAGGGAAAAUAGAGGCCCAGUCCUCUCUAAAACUUGCUCCUGCCCACGAGGCAUGGAUUCCUUCCUUUCUCCCCCAGCAGAGUUAUGCCUUACAUUCCUCCCCACCCUGCCUCCUCUACCCAGGGUGGCUUUCCUAGGACAGGUGUGAGAACAAGAGCACCAAGACAGAGCUGAGAGGAUGCCCAGCCCAAAGCCUUUGACUGCCUACCUGUAGUCAUGUCUCCCACACCUAACUCCUCUCUUCUUCCCCGAGGACUGGGUGGCCUGUAUGUACGCGUGUGCAAAAUGAGUGUGUGUGUGUGCUUCUGUGUGUAGGUGUGUUGUGCGACAAGGUGGAAGUAUCAGGUGUUCACUUCCCUCCUCACUCAUACACUUCCCUUAACGGUCUCCUCGAGGCUGCUGCUUCCAAACAAACUAAACCUUGCGAGGUUGAUCACCUUGCCAAAUUGAGCACAUCCCAGAAAAGCACUUUGGACCCAUGGCCAUAGCUUCAAAUGGCUAGCAUCUGAAUCUCAUCCGUUACUCAUCAGGGUGCAGGUGGGCAGGACCACAAGCGGUCAGGUUAGCUCUCCAGUUUAAAAAUUAAAUCUUAAGAAGCACGCACUGUGUGGAACUGGUGUGCAUCACUGACACAAGAAAGCAAGCGUUGCAAAGGGUAGUCAGAAGCCGCCAGUGUCCACCUAACUCAAGACACUUAGUUUCGGCAUCUCAAAGUUCCAACAGUUUCCCCUGCAGCUGGAGUUGUCAGCGUAGACAGGAGAACUGUUGGGACCCGAGAGUAGCUAUUUCAUUAUUUCCCUCUUUCUCACGAUGAUGACUAUGACGAUGACGACUCCGAAGCCUCUACCUGCGUGGAUAGUUCUGGAAUGCUUGGAUGAGAAUGAGUAUCAGAAUGAUAACGUGGUUUCUUUUCCUUAUCAGAAAGUGACAGGGCAUUCCUUGUUUAAAUAUAGAUAGAUAUUUAGAUAUUUCAGGAAAGAGUCUCUAAAUGCAUUUUAUCUGUGAAUAGGGGCACGUUCACAUUGGUCUCAGGAAGAGUUUAGGGGCUAUAUCUUGGCCUACUGGGAAAUUGUCAAUCUCAGGGGAUGCUUUUGUCUAGGUAGUGGAGAAACUCUUCCCCACUCUCAAUAAAGGAUGACCCCUUAGGGGACAGUUUAGGCUAGAGAAUAUGGCACGUCGUAUGUAGGCCCUUUCAACCACAGGGGUCCGAGGGCAGCUCAGCCUUCGCACUCACUGAGGACUCCAGUUUCUCUCAUUGCCAAACCUGUCAUCUCUAAAAGUCACCCAUUCACCCAUUCUCCCUCUCCUCAUUUGUACACUGGAAGUUCCUGGCUUUUGGAUGGAAAUGGGCUUUGGCUACACUACGCAUGCACAAGGAACGCACUUACUGGUCUUCAAGAUUCCUUAAAGGACACAGCAUCCAAAUGCCACCAGUUCCAAGCAUGUGUGCCAUUGGGCUGAAACCAGGAGCAUCCAAGACUCCUCUGGAAAGUCGAUGCAUGCAUUUAAUGAUACUAGGACACGGGACCUUCAAGAGGAGUCUGUGAACCUUAGACUCUCUUGGCCAAAGUUGACAUACAUAGACUUCAAGGUCUUUAUCAGUUCACUUGCUUGAGAUUUUGUAAUAUGGAAUGCCCUGUGCAGGGCUCAAGAGAGAAUAGAAACAAGCCCUCUUGAAUGUUUUUGCUCUGUGAUUGUUGGCUCUUUUGGGUCCCAGGGGUGACAGCCCCAAGGCCUCUAUGCAGAGUACUUUAUGCUCCGAGGAGGCUUCCUGGAACACAAGUAGGAAUCCCCUGGAAACUGUUGUAAGAUUUGCCCUCAAACGGGGGGGGGGGGGAGGUAUGUGUAAUCACCUCUGUAUAUGGUGCUGGGGCACUGAGAAAACCAAGGAUCUACUCUCAUUCCCUACCCCAGAAGGUCCAUAAGGUGGACUUCCUGACACCAGUGUGCCCUGACUCAGCCCUCCAGUGGAGGAGGGACCCUGCUCUGUGUCUCCAUAGGGCCAGUUGUGAGGCCCAGGAGUCAAGUCAGAGGGACAUAGGCUCAACCUGUCUUCAGAGCUGGUUUCCCACUUAUGUAUUUGUGCAAAGUGGUCACAUAGUGACCAUUUUGUGGCAAAGAUUUAAUGACAGGGAGACCCCCUCUUCCUAGAGAAAUACUGACACCACUUUCCACAUUCCCAUAGAGCUGACCCCUCCUCACUUUCUGGAAGGUAAAGACUUGUAGAGAAAAUUUGUUCUUGUAACAUGCUCCCCCACCAUGUUUUUGGCUUUAUUGCCAGUUCAUCUUUGGAAGAAAGGGUACCAAGCUGUCUCUUCCAAUAAGAGUGUGGAGGGAGGUAAUGAAACUUGGCCUAUCUCCCUGUGAGUGGAUCUUCUCCAAGGACCCAUUUGGUUCUUAGCAUGGGACCUGAUGAGACUGUUCUGUGGGCACAUCCAGUGAUGUGCUCUCAUGGGGUGAGGGCAGGGAGAAGUCAAGUUCUGAAGGACUUUCCUCUUUACAAGAGGGGAAUGGGUCACUCCCAUGAAGAGCCCACCAGAAGAGGCGGAGGACCUCCAAGAGGGGGAGCUCCACUGACUCCUUCCUUUUCAGAAGAGAAGACUGAGGUUCCGGAGGGUCAACAUAUCUAAGGUCAUGUGUCAGAACGUAGGUCUUCAUGCUUCCUUUUGCUCUUGUCCUGGCUGCUUUGCUGCUGUUUUGCACAGUAUUCCAAAGAUCCCCUGUUACUGGGCUGGGUUGUAUCUCUGGCCAAGGCCUCUCUCCCUCUCUCACACACUUGGCAUCUUAUUUCAGCCAAGUGAUUGUUGUACUGUUUCCUCCCUUUAACCAAACCCCUUCAACAGCAAGAAAGAUGACCUCAUGCCAGGUGGUUUGCAUAAGGAAUUCAGCUUCAGGAGCUUGAAGGCUGACUUGCUGCCCAGUUCCUGGAAGCCAGCUUGCCUUGUACACACUUAAUAAGAUAUCUGACUCACUUGAACUCUUCACUAAGUGAUCUCCAUCUUUACUUCAUUCAGGACAGGAAGAGGUAGACAAAGCUAUGGAGUAACCCAGAGCUCAAGGCUCGCUGAUUUCUAGUAUCCAUCCCAUUUUGACCCUUAAAGGUACCCAUUCCAGGAAGAAAGUGCUGUCUCACCCAUCAGCCUGUUGAACCUCACUCUUUAGGUUUUGAGAUUCUCGUUAGGUCCCAAACUGGAACCAGCUCUGUGCUUUAUGGCUGCCCCACUCCAGUGGAGGCCAAGGGAGCAGCCUCCAAGAUCAGAAAUUGCAUGCUCCAAAUGCAAUCUAUCACUCGCUUUGGAAGGCUGUGAGAGCCAUGGUUGGGUGGUUGAUUGACAGGAGCACUAGUAUUCAGCAUGGCCAUAGUAGACGGGUGCACCUGAUGGAGAAGACAUCUGGAGAGUAAGUGGAUAAGCUGAGAUAGGUCAUUUUUAUCUAUUUCAUCUCGAUAUAAAAGCUGUGUGGCCCUUGAGUCCCAGUGCCAAUCUAUUCCAUCUGGAAUCUAGAGAGAGACCAGGGCUCCUUGGAGAUCUCCCUUGUCUGUGCGCUCGGAGAGAAAGAGAUCAGAGAAUGAUCACCCAGCAUGGAAGCUCCCAGCCUUGCUUCCACAUGUUCUUUCUACAAUGAUGUGCCCUAGGUAGAGACUCAGUGAGAGUGUAUGAGUGGUAUGAGAACUGAGGCAUAUGCUAGAAUGUGUCCAUUCUCCCAGCUCCAAGCUUGCCAGAGUCUGUUAACUGUGGCUUAGUUCUGAAAGUGGUUAUGAUCUUCACACCAUCUGAGCUGUAUUUUCCUCCAGAGUUGAGGUCUUUUCAGGACCCAGGAGGCAUCCUGGGUGAGGAAAGGGUGGUAGGGCAGGGAAUGGUCCUUCUGUCUUGCCUCACUGGUCUCCAGUUGGCUCACUCCUUGAGCCCCCUUAGCCUUCUCUAUAACAUGAUGGUACAGUGAUUGUGGUGAUCUCGGGACCCUUAGCAGAAGAUAAGCUUGACCCACAAAAGGACCUUUGGGCUUGGAUGAGCUGCUCACAUUUGAAGACUGAGUGAUCAAAAAGCCCAGCCAAAAUCAUGGCAGGAGAUAGAGAGCUGGGAAGGCAAAGAAACACAAGUGUUGGCAUAGAGCAUUGGUCAUUGUGUGGACCACGGUGUAAUGCAUUAUGGGUUCUCUACAGUAGGGGGCUUGUAUUGACUUUCUGUGGUCCCAUCUUGACCACAUGCUGGUAGAGGUUGCUGCUGCAGGAAAACAGAAGUCUAUGAUUAUGAUUCCCCUGACACCAACUUUGAAACAAAUAUCCAAGGUGACAGAAAAGUUGAUAAGAGAGAACAGCACCCUGGGUUUUCCUAUACCUCUCACCCACAACCCCAGCCUCAGUACCCCCACCUCAGCACCGAGAUGGUUGGAAGAUAAGGUGUCAUGAUGUCUACAGCUUUUAGGCAGUGCAGCCAAAGAUAACAUUGUAUAUCUCCUGCGAAAAGUGCACUCUCUUUUCGCCGUUGUCACACCUAAGAAACUUAGCAUAAAAACAUCUACUAUAAUAAUACACUCUGUAUAAAGACUUCCAAGUGCCCCCAAAAUGUCCUAUUGAGCUUGUCUGUCUAUCUAAGAUGCCAUCCAAGAUCACCCCCCCACUCGCUUGUCUUGUUGUUUCCUAGCCCCCCAAUUGAGGGCACCUCCCUCUCUGUGUUUGUGUCUCUUGAUAAUCGAUAUUUUUGAGGCCCCCAGGUCCCUAGUCUUAUAGAAUGCUCGUCUGAUCUGCUGUCGUCUGCUUGUUCCCUCAGGUUGAGGAACUGUUGACAAGAAAAUGAUGUAGUUGAUGUUGUUUGGCCCUGAUUUAUGCAUUUCCUGUUUGUCUCUCUGGGGACCUUUGUGGUUACUGCUUUUGUUGUGAAUAAAUAAG